AUGACAAAAACAGUGUGGUUCAUUAAACAGCAGACUGGUUUUGAACCUGAGGAUCUGAGAGAGGAUGAGGAGUAUGAGGGACGGGUAAAGAACAUUCAGAACUCCCACAACGACUGUAGUAUUAGAAUCAACAACCUGAGAGAAAGCGACACUCAAACAUACAAAUUCAGAUUCUACACUAAUCAUGGAGGUGGAUAUACUGGACAGCCUGGAGUUACUCUGACUGUUACAGAUCUGAAAGUUACAUUAUCAAAAGACAGUUAUGGAACAUAUCUGACCUGUAGCAGCACCUGCAGUCUGACUGACCACCCCGCUUACAUCUGGUACAAGAACGGCCAGCCUGUAUCUGACCAGCACAUGGACAUUGACAGUUACUACACCUUCCCUGAUCAGCACCCUGAACCCCAGCCUGCCUGGUACAUCAGACUCUCCUCACAGGAAACAGAGCUGAGUCCUGCAGAUGGCCAGGUGGAGUUUUUCAGUGACAGAGUGAAUUCUCUCACAGACCUGCAGGUGGAGGUGUACAAUAAUGCAGAUGAACAGACAAGAACCCUGACCUGUAGAAGCUCCUGCACUCUGCCCAACUACCCCACUUACAUCUGGAACAAGAACGGACAGAGUCUGUCUCACUGCAGAUCUAAAUCCUGUCCUGUAUCUGUGAUCAGUGGAGCCGUCGACUACAGCUGCUCUGUUGAAGGACACGAGAGCUUCCAAUCUCCUCCAGUGUAUCCUCCCAGAAACACCAGAGCAGAGCUGGUUUCCUCUGGAGAGAUAUUGGAGGGGGAUUCUGUGACUCUGAGCUGCAGCAGUGAUGCAAACCCUCCUGUUCUCUCCUACUCCUGGUUUAAUCAGAGAGAACCUGCAGAAACACCACUGACUACAGACCAGAAUUACAGCAUCACCAACAUCAGCUCCCAGAACAGCGGAUUCUACUACUGCACUGCUCACAACCAGCUUGGAAAACACAACUCAACACCCAUUCAUCUGAAUGUGUUAUAUCCUCCCAGAAACACCAGAGCAAAGCUGGUCUCCUCUGGAGAGAUAGUGGAGGGGGAUUCAGUGACUCUGAGCUGCAGCAGUGAUGCAAAUCCUCCUGUUCUCUCCUUCUCCUGGUUUAAUCAGAGAGAACCUGCAGAAACACCACUGACUACAGACCAGAAUUACAGCAUCACCAACAUCAGCUCCCAGAACAGCGGAUUCUACUACUGCACUGCACACAACCAGCUCGGACAAAACAACUCAACAUCCAUUCAUCUGGAUGUGUUAUAUUCUCCCAGAAACACUAGAGCAGAGCUGGUCUCCUCUAAAGAGAUAGUGGAGGGAGAUUCAGUGACUCUGAGCUGCAGCAGUGAUGCAGAUCCUCCUGUUCUCUCCUACUCCUGGUUUAAUCAGAGAGAACCUGCAGAAACACCACUGACUACAGACCAGAAUUACAGCAUCACCAACAUCAGCUCACAGCACAGUGGAUUCUACUACUGCACUGCUCACAACCAGCUCGGACAACACAACUCAACACCCAUUCAUCUGAAUGUGUUAUCCGAGAAUUCAUUUGGAUCGUACAAGUCAAUUGCAGCGUCAGCAGUGAAUUAUGCAGCUUCUGGAGUAGCUGUGGUUCUGCUUCUGGUGUUUAUUGCUGUUUUUCUGAGGAUAAGGUGA